AUGCAAGAGGUAGUGUUAUCAGUACGCUCAAGAAGUUCGCCCCCCUCAUCAACACCUCAGUCGGCUCAACACAGCAACCCCCUCCAGACGCCCUCUCGUCUCACUCUUGCUCUCUGUGCGCCUCAGGAAGAGGAAUCUUGCAGAAAUCAAGGUGACGGUUGCAAAGACUGCGAAAGAAUGGGAAAUGUGGAUGAACUUUUCAGUGUGAGUGAUUUUUCUUCUCAGCACUUUUCGUCAGUGUUAGUUCCUUUGUUAAUUAACCCUGAUUAUCGCCUUUUCCAGUGGUCAAACAAAUUCAUCGAUGAUUUGCUCCAAGGCAAUGAAAAUCGAGAAAAAAGCCUUAAGAUUUUGGGACGAUUUCAAGACAUGACUGAGUGCCAGAAAAUGAAGAUCCAGCAAGCAAAAUCGUAUCUUCAAAUGUUAGGAGAGUUGGAUGAAUUGAAAAUGACGAUUUCAGCGAACUCACCUCAGCCAAUGAACGUCCAACAAUCGGUCAAUGAGAUCAAUAAAUGGGAUUGUGUCGAUAAAGCGACUAGAUUCUAUAACGCUCUUUCUGCCGAUCAAGAGAAAUUCUGCACUUGGAUAUCGUGGAUCGAUGACAAAUUUACUUCGAUGAAAACAUCCACCAUUGAGGAUCAAUCUCUCAUCGCUGAAGUGCUCUGCGACUUUGAAAGUGAUCAGGGCAUUUUAUGCAAACAGGAAAUCGUCAAGGUUAUUGAAAUCGAAAAUGAUAGUGCUCUGGUAAGCGGCCGUACAUAUACCACUGAGAGACAAGUUGGUCAACGAUUUGGUCUCUACAACACUCUUAAAUCGUCCAUCGAUCGCCAGAAUCGAACUGGAUCCCUUACUUCAAAUCAAACCUGUGACUCCUGUCGUGCUAAAGCCCUCAAAAGACGCAGCCUUGGGCCUGACUUCGAUGGUCCAAAAGUCACUCAGCAGGUCCGCAUUUGGAUUCCCCUAAUAUACCUACAACCUCUGAAUAUUCGUGCUAAACUAGUUGAAAAGGCUGAUGAAAUAAGAAACUAUAUUCUCUCUAUCUGGGAAGCUUAUAUGAAGGGGACAGCACAAGCUAUUAUGAAUCUUCUUUUCAUGGGUUUCAAACAUUGGACUCAUGAAAAGCUGGAUACUGACUAUGCCACAAUCAACUGUGAUAUGAAGCGAAGCUUAAAGAACUUCUUUAGGUCUCUUGAAGGAAGUUUGAGCAAUGAUUGGGAAUGUGAGAUCCACUAUGAAUUGAUUCUGGAACAGCUUCGACUUCUACAAUCUGGUGAUCCCUCUGAUGGUGAUGGACAACAUUUCGGAAUGGUGGAGGCCUCAAGUUCGGAAAAAACUGAGAAAUUAGGACGACUAAUGCUUGAACGACGAAUAAUCUUCAGUUUGCUUGAGAAACACCAGGAACUUUUGCAAAUAUUUGAAGAAGCCAGCCAGGGUCCUAUUAAGUCUUUCCAAAGUUUGGCGAAUCAGCCAGAACCAAACUGUAUUCAACCGAUAAACACUCUCGAACGCUUUUCUGGCUUCAAGGGCGAAAAUGAGGAGGAGGGAGCAAAUUGCAGCUACACACCGGUUCGGAGAAGCAAAAAUGGAUCUGUGGCUUCAUUUGCUAGUUUAAAUGAAGCUGCACCAGAGCUCCAUGUGAAAGGAACUCUGAGUGAGACGAGUUUGCUCUCGCCCCCACCUCCAUUUGACAAACAACCCACGGAGGCAUUGACACUACGCAGCAAGACAGGCAGUCUUUCUCAAAAGCUUGAGCUUGCAACAGCACAAGCAAAAACAGAACACCUAGAAAAACGUCUUUAUGGCAGUGAACCUUGCAUUUUGGAAGCGACAGCAGCUAGUCAACAAAUACAAGCUCAAACACCAAUCAGUUUAAGAUAUCGAUCGAAUGACCUACCGCCUAAAAGCAUUGAAAAGUGCUCAAGAAUGCGUACUUGCUCUUAUGAGAAGGGAGGUCAUCGAUCACUCCCUAAAUCAACCUAUCCUUUGCCAAUGGUCAAGAAAUCUCCACCAGUUAAACUGUCUGUGGUACAUCCAGUCGGUGGCAUGGCUGCAGGCGAAGAAGUUGGAUACGUUGUGAUUAUGCGCCCGAGUUUCCGCGAGCGUAUUACCACCGUUCUUGACACUAAGCGUCGCAAGCGAGUCUCCAUUCACGCAGCAAUUGAACGUGGAAUCGCUGGAUUUGAAGUACCUCCAGAUGAACCCACCAACGAAUUGGAAACCGAAGAACAAUUGAGCGAGGAGGAGCAGAAGCGUCGCUUCUUUGUCAUCAAUACAGCUACUGGGGAGAAACUCAACUUUGAGCAGGCCCUCAAAAUUGGCUUAAUUCAUUAUGACUCCUCAGCCACCGAAAGCAUUGUCUUUGAUGAAUAUGCAAAGUGA